AUGGGUGCCACCGCGCUGGGUGUCAAUGUGCUGCGUGCCACCGUGCUGGGUGUCACCACACUAGCUGUCACCAUGCUCGGUGCCACCAUGCUCGGUGUCACCGUGCUGGGUGCUACUGGAUGCCACCAGCACAGUGUCAUUGUGAGGGAUUGGGUGGGUGGGUGUCCCACAUUGCACUUUGCUCCCCGCAGGGGCUUCAGCUACGUGGACCUGGUGGAGGGGCUGCGCGACGGGCGCUUGUACGCGCUGAAGCGCAUCGUGUGCCACGACAAGGAGGACCGGCGCGCCGCCCUGCACGAGGCCGACAUGCACGGCCUCUUCGAGCACCCCAACAUCCUGCGCCUCGAGGCGCACUGCCUCGUGGAGAAGGGCGCCAAGCACGAGGCCUGGCUCCUGCUGCCCUACGUGCAGGGAGGGACGCUGUGGAGCGAGGUGGAGGCGCUGCGGGAGCGGGGCGCCUCCAUGCCGGAGCGGCGCGUCCUGCGCAUCCUGCAGGGCAUCUGCCGCGGGCUGCACGCCAUCCACGGCAAGGGCUACGCGCACAGGGACCUCAAGCCCACCAACGUGCUGCUGGAUGAGGACGACCGCGCCGUGCUCAUGGACCUGGGCUCCAUGAACCAGGCCCGCAUCGAGGUCAACAGCUCGCGCGAGGCCAUGGCCGUGCAGGACUGGGCCGCCCAGCGCUGCACCAUCUCCUACCGGGCCCCCGAGCUGUUCUCGGUGCCGAGCCAGUGCGUCAUCGACGAGCGCACCGACGUCUGGUCCCUAGGCUGCGUGCUCUACUGCAUGAUGUUCGGCGAGGGCCCCUUCGACAUGAUCUUCCAGAAGGGCGACAGCGUGGCCCUGGCUGUGCAGAGCCCCGUGGUGCUGCCYGCCGACUCCAGGUAUUCAGCCGCCCUGCGCCGCCUGCUCUCAUCCAUGYUGACCGUGGACCCCCAGCAGCGGCCCCACAUAAGCGACAUCCUGGAGCAGCUGGAGGGGCUGGAGCCGGCGCCGGCGGGCCAGGACACGACACAGAUCUGAGCGCGUCCGCACGCCGCGGCGGUGCCACGUGCGARGCAGCGGCCCUCGCCCCGGCGCAGACAGGAGCUGUUUGGAGAGAGGUUUUUGUGCU